GAAGUUCGUCACAGUUUGCUUUUGGAAUUGAGGCUCUCGAGCUGUAUUUUCGCUUUAAUUUCUCGUGUGGUUCAGAACUUGUUUGGGUUUAAAUCCAGCUUAGAACUGCGAAUGCAAAUAUCCGAAUUGAUAAACAUAUAAUUGAGAUUCUUGUUAAUCGUUAUUAUUGUUCCGGAAUUCGUUUAGACAGUGCAACUUGUGUCGAGAUGAGUGUGGAGGCGUACGGGCCGAGCUCUCAAACCCUCACCUUCCUGGACACCGAGGAAGCGGAGCUGCUUGGAGCAGAUACCCAGGGCUCGGAAUACGAAUUUACUGAUUUCACCCUACCCAGUCAGACGCAAACUCAAGGACAAACCCAAAGCCAGUUGGACAAUCAGGUGAACGGUCCUGAUGAUGGUCUUCACAAUGGAGGUGUGGAUGACUCUGUUGCUAAGGCAAGCCAACUUCUUGCUGAGCUGAACUUUGAAGAGGACGAAGAAGAUACCUACUACACCAAAGACCUCCCACUGCAUGCUUGCAGUUACUGUGGUAUUCAUGAUCCUGCAUGUGUGGUGUACUGCAACACGAGCAAGAAAUGGUUCUGCAAUGGACGCGGCAAUACAUCCGGCAGCCACAUCGUGAACCACCUGGUGAGGGCGAAGUGCAAAGAGGUGACGCUGCACAAAGACGGGCCGCUGGGCGAGACGGUGCUGGAGUGCUACAACUGCGGCUGUCGCAACGUCUUCCUCCUGGGCUUCAUCCCAGCCAAGGCGGACUCUGUGGUCGUGCUGCUGUGCAGGCAGCCAUGUGCCAGCCAGAGCAGUCUGAAGGACAUCAACUGGGACAGCUCUCAGUGGCAGCCACUCAUCCAGGACCGCUGCUUCCUGUCCUGGCUGGUAAAGAUCCCCUCUGAGCAGGAGCAGCUGAGGGCUCGCCAGAUCACCGCCCAGCAGAUCAACAAGCUGGAAGAGCUCUGGAAGGACAACCCCACAGCCACCCUGGAGGACCUGGAGAAGCCCGGGGUGGACGAGGAGCCCCAGCACGUGUUGCUGCGCUACGAGGACGCCUACCAGUACCAGAACAUCUUCGGGCCCCUCGUCAAGCUGGAGGCCGACUACGACAAAAAGCUUAAAGAGUCCCAGACCCAAGACAAUAUAACAGUCAGGUGGGACCUGGGACUGAAUAAAAAGCGGAUUGCUUAUUUCACACUGCCCAAGACGGACUCAGGUGAUAUGCGCCUGAUGCAGGGAGAUGAGAUUUGUCUGCGCUACAAAGGAGACCUGGCCCCUCUGUGGAAAGGCAUCGGCCACGUAAUCAAAGUCCCUGACACACCCUUUGUGAAAGACUAUGGAGAUGAGAUUGCUAUUGAGUUGCGCAGCAGCGUCGGAGCCCCGGUGGAGAUACCCCAUAAUUUCCAGGUGGAUUUCGUCUGGAAGUCCACUUCCUUUGACAGGAUGCAGAGCGCCCUGAAGACGUUCGCCGUGGACGAGACGUCCGUCUCGGGCUACAUCUACCACAAGCUGCUGGGCCAUGAGGUGGAGGACGUCAUCAUCAAGUGUCAGCUGCCCAAGCGCUUCACUGCCCAGGGUCUCCCUGACCUCAACCACUCCCAGGUGUAUGCAGUGAAAACUGUGCUGCAGAGGCCCCUGAGCCUCAUCCAGGGGCCCCCUGGCACAGGGAAGACUGUCACCUCUGCCACCAUAGUGUACCACCUUGCCAGGCAGGGCAAUGGGCCGGUGCUGGUGUGUGCUCCCAGCAACAUCGCCGUGGACCAGCUGACUGAGAAGAUCCACCAGACGGGCCUGAAGGUGGUGCGGCUCUGCGCCAAGAGCAGGGAGGCCAUCGACUCGCCCGUCUCUUUCCUGGCCCUCCACAACCAGAUCAGCAACAUGGACAGUAUGCCAGAGCUGCAGAAGCUCCAGCAGCUGAAGGAUGAGACCGGAGAGCUGUCGUCCGCAGACGAGAAGCGCUACCGGGCCCUGAAGCGCACUGCGGAGCGGGAGCUGCUCAUGAAUGCUGACGUGAUCUGCUGCACUUGUGUGGGUGCCGGGGACCCCCGUCUGGCCAAGAUGCAGUUCCGCUCCAUCCUGAUCGACGAGAGCACACAGGCCACGGAGCCCGAGUGCAUGGUCCCCGUGGUGCUGGGGGCCAAACAGCUCAUCCUUGUGGGAGACCACUGCCAACUGGGCCCGGUGGUCAUGUGUAAGAAGGCAGCCAAAGCGGGCCUGUCCCAGUCCCUGUUUGAGCGUCUGGUGGUUUUGGGCAUCAGGCCCAUCCGUCUGCAGGUGCAGUACCGCAUGCACCCGGCGCUCAGCGCCUUCCCCUCCAACAUCUUCUACGAGGGCUCCCUGCAGAAUGGAGUCACUGCUGCGGACCGUAUCAAGAAAGGUUUUGACUUCCAGUGGCCGCAGCCAGACAAGCCCAUGUACUUCUAUGUGACCCAAGGCCAGGAGGAAAUUGCUAGCUCUGGCACUUCCUACCUGAACAGGACUGAGGCAGCCAAUGUGGAGAAGAUCACCACCAGGCUACUGAAGGCGGGAGCCAAGCCUGACCAGAUAGGCAUCAUCACCCCGUACGAGGGGCAGCGGUCCUACCUGGUCCAGUACAUGCAGUUCAGCGGCUCUCUCCACACCAAACUCUACCAGGAGGUUGAGAUUGCCAGCGUUGAUGCCUUCCAAGGCAGAGAGAAAGAUUUCAUCAUCCUGUCUUGCGUCCGAGCCAACGAACACCAGGGAAUCGGCUUCCUCAACGAUCCGCGUCGACUGAACGUGGCUCUCACUCGAGCAAGGUAUGGUGUGAUCAUUGUGGGGAACCCCAAGGCCCUGUCCAAGCAGCCCCUGUGGAACCACCUGCUGAACUACUACAAGGAGCAGAAGGUGCUGGUGGAAGGACCCCUCAACAACCUGAGGGAGAGCCUCAUGCAGUUCAGCAAGCCCCGCAAGCUGGUCAACACCAUCAACCCUAUAUGUGUUGCUCCCCAGGGAGGCCGUUUCAUGAGCACUGCCAUGUACGACGCCCGCGAGGCCCUCAUCCCAGGGUCGGCCUACGACCGCAGCAGCGCAGCGCGGGGUCCAUCCAACAUGUACUUCCAGACCCAUGACCAGAUAGGCAUGAUCGGAGCUGGGCCAGGUCUAAUGGGAGCCAUGAACCUCCCCAUCCCCUUCAACUUGGUGAUGCCCCCCAUGCCUCCACCAGGAUAUUUGGGUCAGACCAAUGGUCCUGCAGCAGGUCGCGGGGCUCUGAAGGGCAAGGUCGGACGCGGCGGGCGCCAGAGGAACCGUGGCAUGGGUAACCAUGGCACCGGGCAGGGCAACGGGCCCAACAGCCAGGCCAGCCAGGACGGGGCCUCCCAGCCCUUCUCCCAGGGGCCCCUCACACAGGGCUACAUAUCCAUGAGCCAGCCCUCGCAGAUGAGCCAGCCCGGCCUCUCCCAGCCUGAGCUGUCCCAGGACAGUUACUUAGGCGAUGAAUUCAAAUCCCAGAUUGACGUGGCUUUGUCCCAAGACUCUACUUACCAGGGCGAGCGUGCAUACCAACAUGGUGGGGUGACUGGACUGUCACAGUACUAGAGUGUUGUUGGAAGAGGGGAGCUAGGCUUCAGCAGAGCUUAGUUCGUCAGCAUUUUAAUCUGGGUAAUGAUAAAAACAAAAAAUGGAUACCUGUUUUCCUCUGCUACAACUGAAGCACCACCGUGUGAAAGCAACAGGAGAGAGAAAUCUACCAAUCACGAGCGAGAGAGAGAGAAGAGGCGUCAGAGAACGUAAACAGACGGGCAGGAAGAGCGAGGACGAGCGGGGAGCAAGCGACCACCGCUGGAACACGGGGGACGUGGAUGAGGGCAGGAAACGGACGAAGGCAGGAAACGGACGAAGGCAGGAGCUCAAGCUGCCGCAGGGGGAAGACGAAGAAGACCUGGCGGGGUCUCGCGCAGGGAAACGAAACGAGGAAGACCUCCCAACGAAAGUGGCCCACCAUCCCCCCCCCCCUCCCCUCCCCCCCCUCCAGACACCAUCACUCCCGUCUCCACUCUCGCACCUCUGAGGGGAAUGGUCUGCUCGGGAAUAACUGGGGAAGGGCUAAGUUCUCAAGCUAUUCGGUGAGUGUCCCACUCUUGAAAGGAGAAGGGGAUAAACCGGGGAGGGGGUGUGGAUCGCCGACAAGUAGGCAACGCAGGUAAUCCUCACCUCAAAGUUGAUUGGUUGUCCAGCCUGUUUGAAGUCCAGACUCAUUUAGCAUUCGAUAGAAGUGAAAGCAGAGUGGUGGCUGUGUUCUCCUGGACCCGGGAUCUCAUCAGGGGGCCUCCGCAGCCUCAGCAGCAGCAGUCGAGGCCUCUCGUCAUCGUUCAGCUUCUGAGUUGACACGGUUUCUGCGCUUAAAGUCUGAUAUUAAAGAACUUUGAAUUUAAAUGCCUUUGAUUGCCUUGGGGAACCAUUGGCUUUUUCAACAGGUCUUUAAAACAAAAAAAGGUGGUUGACUACAAGUCUACGGUGGAGUGGCAUGGGGAUUUCAGACGAAAGUUUCUCAAGAUGUGAGUUGUGGAUUAGAGAGAUCCAUAAUCGUGAGACUGAUAUAUAUUUUUUUCUUUUUCGUUUUUUGAAGUACCUUUCUUAUUGCAAAGCACAAAAGCAAAAAAAAAAAAAAAAAAAAAUCUAACUAUCAACAAUGACCAGCAUUGAAUAUAAGAUAAUAACAAGGCCUGUUGUAAUAUUGGGUGGGACAUUUUUGAUGUUUUUAUUUUUAUGCUUUGUAUGCUUAGCAACUGCUUUGAAGAAGGUCUUUAUUUGGGGGCUGUGAGGGCCUCCAAUGGGGAAAUACUGGCUGUCUGUAUGAAUCAAAACCCAGUAAAGAAAAAUAUGUGAAAGGCAGAUAAUAGAACCUGUAUAAGGCUACACAUGCUUUUGUGACUGGUUAAUUGAAAGAGGUAGGCGCAUACAAAUACCAAACAGGUUGAAAAGGAAGGUGGCUGAAGGAUGUGGUGAGACUAAUAUAGCCAGUACUGCAUGAGCCCCAUAACCUCUAAAAGAGAUUAUUUAGUCAGGAGUCAUCAAUUGUCACUCACGGUUGGGUGUUUUUGUAUGGAGGCUACAUGAAAUGUACUUGUAGAAGUAUCUCACAUCCAUAUGAGCCAUUUCAAAUAACAUUGGACUGGUGCUGAUUCCAUAAGUUUAUUGAAAAAGGAUUUCUUACGUCAUUCUCACGAGAAGAAUGCGUAUCUGAACCGGUGCCUAUAAGAACUCACUUAUCUUCAGGUGUAAAAAGCAGCACACACAUGAAUGUAAGGAAAAACCUAUGCCAGCAUAUGUUAACCUCAUAACCAAUAUUACCACACGAGGAAUACAAAAACAAGCUCCAUAGACCCCAGAGAUGAACAGGCCGUUUUGUUGUGGUCUCUGUAGGGAUGCACUGAGGGAAGCCACCUUCCUUCUCUGAGUUGGUAUGAAUCCUGGCUGGUUGAAGUGCUUUGCUUUGUGUACUUUUUAUUUUGUGUUUUUAAAAACAAUGUCGCCUUCCCUAUAGUUGAUCCCUCCUAGAUGUUUUCCAUCGUAUCGGUAUGGCUUUCUGAACACGCCACACCCUCCCUUUUUGUGAAUUAUGUUUAACGUCAUCCUUGAGCUCAUUCUAUUUUGCCCAGUGGAACUAUUUGCUUCUGUGUGCCAUGUCGUUUUGAGCUGGGUAGAUUGUAGUCCCCUUUUUGUAGUUUUUACUGUUGUAUUUUGUUUUGAGUAGCUUAUUCAGUGAUGAAGGGGACGAGGUAGAAGUUAUGGUUUACUUUUUGUUCCAGAUACUCCUUCAACUGUGGAUGUUUCGGAUUUGAGGGUUCAGUCUUUGUAUCAGUUUUUAGAAUGUUGUGUGCGGAACACCAUGAGAAUGUACUCAUUUUACCACCUGCUUCCUUCCGUUUAAACUUCCACAUAAAAAGGCCGCUAGCUUGAUUUUAAUUUCAGUGAAUCCAAAACACACAUUGUUUGACAAUCAUGCUGUCACAUACUAGCUAUAUAUAGUUGAACAGUGUGUUUAGAAGUAGUACGUUACAAGAUUGUGAUUUCCGUGUUCAUGUUCUUUUGUGCAAUUAAUUCAUUUUCCAUUUCAGGCCUAUAGUACCUAUCACUCAUUUGAAAACAAUCCUACAGAUAAUAUAACUAUUUUCCUCUGGACCAAAAGAGAUCCAUGUUUUCUUUGCCAGAAUGAGCUAUAGUUGCCCAACACAGAAUUAAAUGAAAGGUUUGAAAUGCAGGUGCACACCCUAGAUUAAUUAGACACGUUUCUGAUAAGGGUACAUGAUUUGAUCUUAUUUGCAGUAAAGACUAAUCAAGACGAUUCACAUUGGGAUUCAAUUCUUGUAAAACUGAACGCAUCAAUAAAGUUUGAUUGUCACCAA